UUAACCCACAAUGCAGCGCGGGCGCUCGAUAAGCAAAGAUGGCGGCGUUUACUUUACGGAUGCUGUUAUGAACUUUUGUACUUCGUUCCUUGGUGCAGAUCAGAGGCUGUGCAGUGCAGUGCAGGUCCGGAUUAAUUUCUACCCAUUUCUCUUGAUGUUGACAGCUGACUGUGGUUUAGGGCCAUAGCGCUGCUGCUCUCUGCGUGUUUCGGUGCGUCAGGCCGCUUCCUGUCCCGUUUCUCGGUUAACUGUCAGUGACAGCUACUCGGAAGUAAUUCUCCAGCUCGGCCAUGAAGGAGGCUCUGUCCCUGGUUCAGAGGCUGAACGCACAUCCGGACUCCCGGUGCUGGUUCGUUAGCUGGAGCCCGAACGGGGCGCUGCUGGCCUCAUGUGGGGGCGACAAAGCCAUCCGGAUAUGGGGGCGAGAAGGUGACUCUUGGAUUUGUAAGAGCGUGCUCCAGGAUGGACACCAGCGCACCGUGAGGAAAGUGGCCUGGUCUCCCUGUGGGAAUUAUCUGGCCUCUGCCAGCUUUGAUGCAACCACUUGCAUCUGGAAAAAGAAGAACGAUGACUUUGAGAGUUUGACUGUGCUGGAAGGACACGAAAACGAGGUCAAAUGCGUGGCGUGGGCCCCUUCAGGGAAUCUUCUAGCCACAUGCAGCCGAGAUAAGAGCGUCUGGGUUUGGGAAGUGGAUGAAGAAGACGAGUACGAAUGUGUUACAGUUGUGAACUCACACACGCAAGAUGUCAAACAUGUUGUGUGGCACCCGACCCAGGAACUCCUGGCUUCAGCCAGCUACGACAACAACAUUUGUCUUUACAAAGAAGAGGAUGAUGACUGGGAGUGCCGGGCCACCUUGCAGGGACACACGUCCACAGUGUGGAGUUUGUGUUUUGAUGCGACUGGACAGAGGCUGGCCUCGUGCAGCGAUGACCGUACCGUGAGGAUCUGGAAAGAGUAUCCAGCUGAAAGUGGACAGGAUUUGUCAUGGAAGUGCAUCUGCACUCUGUCUGGGUACCAUGGACGAACGGUGUAUGAUGUUUCUUGGUGUCGGCUGACUGGUGCUUUGGCAACCGCCUGUGGUGACGAUGCAGUGCGAGUUUUCAAGGAUGAUGAGACGACCAAUCCGGAUGAGCCGGUGUUUUCGCUGGCUGCUCAGGUGAACAAAGCUCACAGCCAAGAUGUUAACUGUGUGUCAUGGCACCCAAAGGAGGCGGGACUCCUGGCUUCAUGCAGCGAUAACGGAGAGAUCGCCAUUUGGAGGUUCCAAGAAGACAAAUGAAUAUAACUGGUGCGCCUAGUUUAGAUUUACACUGGGAACUUUUGAGGGUUUUCUGUUCACCGCAGGUCAUUAUUUUCUAGCUAAUCUGACAGCCUGUCAGGAUUCUGCUUGACAUCAGCUCUCAUGUUUCCAUGCUGAGAUUACCGCUUAUGUGCUUUUUGAAUAGCAGUGCCACUGAGAAUAGAAGUA